UUUUCCUCGGGGGCUUGUUUCUGUGGAGAAGGUUUCAUUAGUAGUAACUUCCCAAACACCAUCAAAAUCUUCGUGCCACGCCUCCCUCGCGCUGGCUGAGCUGAGCGCCUGGCCUGAAACUCAGGGCCAGGCGACUGAGGCCGGCCUUCAGUCAGUUUACUUUUCCCUGAGCCGCGCCGCUCCCCGCCCACUGCCACUGUGAUUGGCUGGGCUCUCUGACCUUCGCUCUGUCAUUGGCUGGCACGAGGCCCGGGGGCAGAGGGAGGGAGAUUUAGUCUAGCUCCAGCCCAACCGCGGGUCAUUUUGUCUGGGGUCUCGGCUCUGGCUGAGGCCGGCGGAAGACGGCUGAGGACGGCUGAGGAGCGACGCCGCUCCAGGAUAUGAAAUAUGGAAAGUCCAGACAGAAAAAGACAGAAGGUUUUAAAGGCCAAGAAAACAAUGCCUACAAGUUACCAGAAGCAGUUGGAGAUCCUGAACAAGUCAACGAAUGUUGAAGCUCCAAAAACAACAGUUGGAACUAAUAUUCCAAAUGGUCAUAAUCAGAAGAUGUUUUCAAAAAACAAAGAAAAUGUUAAGGUCAUGAAAGUUUCAGAGCAAAUUAAUGAAAAUGCUUGUGGGGCUCUGGAAAGACAUACAGCACUGCUAGAACAGGUUAAACAUUGGAUUCGACAGGAGAUUUGCAUGAUAAACUGUAAUUUAUUUGAUAAAAAACUGAAUGAAUUGAAUGAACGCAUUGGGAAGACCCAGUGCAAGAGUAGACAUGAAGCAAUAGCUGGUGAACUCUUUGUAAAAAUAAGAAGACUUCAAAAACGCAUCAAAACAGUAUUAUCAUCUCAAAGAAAUUGUUUGGAACCAAACACAUUACCCAGUAAUACAGUCUGUAAGGUUACAGAUUCAGAGGCUAUGAAUUUGAAUGUGACCCAAAAGUCAGUUAAAAGUCGAAGUAAAAGAAUAUCUUCUGUGAACCAUACCCCUUUAAACUCUUCAGAAAAAGCAGGUAGAAAGACUAAUUUGCCAUCAACUUGUGUUGAGUUUGCUUCUGAAAGUAACACUGAUGACGUUAUGUUGAUUUCUGUGAAAAAUUCUAAUUUGACAACUUCAAUUACAUCAGAGCAAACAGAAAUUAGAAAAAAUACAUCAAGAAAUUUGAGCAACUCACCUAAUAGCAUGAUUAAAGUUGGGCCCGUAGAGAAGAAAUUUGAUUUUGUUAUUGACUUGACAAGAGAAGGCCCGUCCAACUACAGCAUAGGCCCUACCUCAUCAAGAUUGCACCAUAUCCCAAUAGCACCAUCAGCUGAUGACCAAGCCUUCAACACAGGGGCCUUUGGGGGCUAUUCCAGAUCCAGAGUGCAAAAGAUAGGGACCAAGCCCUCCACCAAGAGAAAGAAGUUUCCUGUGAAAGGUACACCACAAAGUUAUAUGACUGUCACCCCUUAGCCUCUUCAGGCCAGGCCUGGAGUUUAUAGCCUUUCCAGGGAGACUUCAAGAAUGGAUUAGAGAAGAGUGACAGUGGGGUGAUCUGUCAAGGAGAAGCAAGCCCUUACUAGUAGUGGUAGUUAGAAGCAAAGGUGGGGUACAGGAAUUUAGGGGGUAGGGAUGCCUUGUUUCCUAUUAACAGUGUAUUGGGACAAGGAGGCCACAAGAGCUUGUUUGUUUGUUUGUUUAAGACCCGGUUUCUGUGUGUAGCUUUGGCUAUCCUGGACGUUGCUCUGCAGGCCAGAGCCUCUGCCUCCUGAGUGCUGGGAUUAAAGUGGGAACUGCAGACACACCCACUCCACACUCAGUCUGUGGAAGUGGCAUUGCUUUAGCAGUUCAUGAGGUUCAGAAUCUCAUGGCAUUUAUUCCUAUAGAAUCCCACACCUCCAGCAGAGCAUGGCAAAUGCUGUCCCCAGGACUGGUCUCUCAUUCCUGAGAAGAUGAAUGAUUCUGAUGAAAUCUUGAAUCACCUCAUAAUUUUAAUUGACAUGUAAUUACAUGUCUUUAUGGAAUACAGUGUGAUAAUUUGAUAUAUGUAUGCAGUAUACAUCAGUAAGUACAGUAGUUAGUCAGCAUCACUAUCUCCCUAAACAUUCAUAAAAAUAUAUAAGAAAUUGUCACAAACUCCAUUCACCCUAUUAUAGUGUACAACACUAGAACACAUUAUUCCUGUUUUUUUUACCUCUUAACUCAGCUCUCCCUAUUCUACCAUCCUCUCUGCUUCUAUGAAAUCCAUGUGUUUUAGUUUCCACAUAUGAUUGAGAACUUUUAGCAUUUACUCUCUAGAUUGGCUUAUUGGUUUGUUGAUUACUUAAUUAAUUAAUCUGGAGACAGGGUCUCAUUAUAUAGUUGGCUGGCCUUGAACUCAAAAAUCCACCUACUUCUGCCUUCCAAGUGCUGGGAUUAAAGGAAUCUGUCACUACACCCAGAUCCUUAGACUAAUCUUAAUGUUGGUACUGUUAAAAUAGGUAGGUAGAUAGAUAGAUAGAUAGAUAGAUAGAUAGAUAGAUAGAUAGAUAGAUAGAUAGAUAAAACAGGUAUCUUAGAUGAUGUAGGAAGGAGUUUUAGGUAUUCCUAGUAAUUGGGUGAUUGAUCAGUUGGCUGAUGGUAUUUAGCAUAUUGGUUAUUGAACCUAGGGCUUUGCACAUUCCAGGUAAAUAUUCUAACCCUCAUCUCUAUUCUUGACCUUUGUGUUUCAUUCAAAAUGCACCCUAGAAUAAGUGACUUUACCUUUCUAAAUGUGUUUCCUCAGUAAUGAGACUUCCAAAGUCUCUUAGUUCAGAUUCCCCCAAAGUUGCAAAGCGCCUGUAUAGGGAGAAUCAAGCAUUCUGGGAUCUUUGAGGCAUCUGAGCUGGCUGAUGCUGCUCUACUCUGAUAGAUUCAUCAAGUGUAGGGACUCUUCUGUAACAUGUCAUUUGGUAUUUUCUCUGGGCAUUAUUCUUUUUUGUUUGCUUGCUUAUUUUUCUCCUCCCUUCUGGAAUUCUGCUGGUCUAACAGUACUUUCUUUUUUCUUAUUUUUGUUUGUUUAUUUAUUUUAGUGACUUUCCUCAAAUAUCAAAUUGUAUUUAACUUUUGUCAUGGAAAAAUACAAAAAGAAAAAGAUGAACAUAAUAAAAUCCUUCUCGUCUGACAAAAUCCAAAUGUGGCCUUAGAAAAGGAGAGGAUACAUGCAAGAAGACUUUCUGUAACAGGCAGGGCCUGGAUCAAAGCUGACCCACAUGCAUGCAUGCAUAGCCUUUGGUGUCAGGAGUCAGGUUUCUUAAGGUUGAUCUCUGCCUGUUUGUCUUGCAUUUCUGUUUAGCCAUCUUGUUGGCCCUGGAGAUCUUCUUUUGAGGGAAAAUUAAAUUGUUGGGGAUAAAGAUGCAUCUAGAAAGAAAUUGUGUUGACAAACAACAUUUUAAGAGCAUUUCAGAGUGGAAUCAGGGAAGCACAAGAUUCAGGAAUCAUGCACAGCCUGAGCCACCAUGUGAAUUCUUGACCAGUGUCUGGGGGGGUGGGGGGUGGGGGUUAAGUCUUGAGGUUUGGUGUAGAGAUAAGUUUGGCAAGGCCAAAGACUUUGCAAAGGCCACAAAUUUAACAAUGGAGGAUGUAGCUGCAAGUAUUCCAAGGAAGCCUUUUUUUCUCAGCAUGAAGUAUUUCAUAGUUUAUGAAGCCAUUUUAUUAAAACUAUAACUGCACUGGGCGUGGUGGCGCAAGCCUUUAAUUCCAGCACUCGGGAGGCAGAGGCAGGCAGAUUUCUGAGGCCAGCCUGGUCUACAAAGUGAGUUUCAGGACAGCCAGGGCUACACAGAGAAACCCUGUCUCAAAAAAACAAAAAAAACAAAAAACAAAAAAACAAAAAAACUGUAACUGCUAAGAACAAACUUUGCACCUGGCAUAUUAGCAGUUCAUCAAGUGUAGCCAAGUGUCAAGGUGGCUUUCCUGAACCUGGCACUUUCCUUUCCUUGUAACUGGUAGGUUCUCCUCUCUCUUCUCUUUCUUUGUUUUAAAAGUUCCAUACAACCCAAGCCUUUGGGGAGGACUUAGUCUGUUUGCAAUUUCCAAGGCCCAAAUACAUUUCCUUUUUUACUCUAGCAGCUUCCAAGCUUGAAUAAUCAAUACCAGGUUCAGUAUUAUGACAUUCCCUCACUCACUUCAACAAGUCUCAGGGUUAAAGAGGCAGCUCGCUUGGUAGAGUGCUUGCCCAGCAUGCCCAAGACCCAGGGUUUUCUCACCAGCACUGCAUAAAAUGAGUGUGGAAUUCCAGCACACUGGAGGUGGGAGCAGGAAGGUCAGAAACUCAAGGCCAGCCUAGACUAUGUGCCCAUUCUCUCCCCUCACCUCUCCCACAAAUUUUAACUCAUGCCUCCACCAGUCACAAACUCACUGCUUUAUGGAACUGUGACAUUGUUUUAUUCCAAUAUUGUUUCCAACAGUCCAAGAAUUUUCUAUCAUACUUCCAAACAAGAAAAGGCUCUUUCUGUGCCUUAACUGCAAUUCCUCUACCCCAAAUACAAGUCUUUUUAAUCGGGAGCUUUGCACCCAUAUUGUCCUAAAAAAAAAAAAAAAAAAAAAAAAAAA